AUGUCUACCAGCCCAACUUCUACCCGCAUCGUCAUAACUCCCGAGAACACAGGUCUUUGGGCAGUCCGGCAGAGCGAUGAGGCAGCAAAGCGAACUAGCGAGCUGCUAGAGAAAGACUUGAAUCUUCAUCAUGUUUUUCUCAACCGAUCCGGUUUCCAUGACCACCUCAACCAGAUGCUUCACCAUAUUCUCGCGCUCUACGGCACCGGAGCCAACGAGGUUCAAAUCCAGAAGGCAUUCGACCUGCGCCACGACCUUCAACGCCCCGUCGAGCCUCGCCAUGAUGAGGUUGUCUCCGAACUCCUGACUGACUGGAGCUCCGCACACAAGUAUCUUGGGAAGGAUGAAUAUUACCCGGAUUUCCUCGCAUACUUCCAGCGUAAGAUUGAAGCCGACGGUUACGAACAGGUCGUUCGUGAAACACUGCUCAAGCGCGACGCUGCCUCCAACAACAUGCUUCUUCGCCUGCACGGCGGUGUUCUACACUCUCUGAUACAGCUCAUGCAUGGUCUUGAAUGGAAGCAGCCUACGAUUGUCGCAGAGGGUCUUGCGCAGACUGCGGUUCACGGGACUAGUUCGCUUGACGACCUUCUGCUGCCGAGCGAAGCCGCCAUUGAGCAGAGCGCGCAACACACGCGGAUGCCAGCUAUUCUUGAUUUGUUCAAGGAAGCGAGGACAUCGUCUGCUUUAGAAGGUGCUGCGCGAUUCCAAGAUGAUAGCAAGAUCAGGGAUGGAAUCCUGCAGAGAGCUAAAGAGCCAAUGCUUGAGAUAUUGCGCAAAGUGCAUGUCUUGGAUGACGAGCUAGAGGAAAGGACGGCGGAGAUGUUCCACGCAAUCAUUCUUGUCGCUUCUAGUGCGGCUGUUCACCCGACUAAGCACGUCAAGUACGACUUCUUCCUCAUGCACCAUGUAAAUUCUGCUGUGUUUUACCUGACGACGCUGUCUCAAUCAUGGCUUUCACGUGAGGACAAGAAGCGGCUUCUUGAGUGGAAGAUCCGCAUGGACCUGAUUGAAUACACGGCCCGAGGACGAACCCCGAUAGAUGUGGGACUCAUCACAUCUUAUGAACCUAAGGUUCCAGCGAUUGGUAACCGAUUGCAAGACUUUGGUGAUGACGGGCAUGGUAUCAAGCAGGCAAGGGCAACAGCGUUAUGCCACGAGUUACUCAAGUCUUACGAGGACAAAGCCUGGAACCAACUGAAAGGUGACGAUGUGUGGAGAAAGAUUCAGCAUAUGGUUGUGGAUGCCCUUGAGGCUCCUGGUGCACUUUAUGCGCGGUCGACUGGGUAUGAGGAGGCUUGGGUGGACAUGCCACCCAAGUCGGCACCGCGCCGAUCUGACGAAGAACUGCGUGCUCUGCAAACGGGAAGCGGUGCUUCAGCUGUUGCAUUAGCGUCUUCGUGA